UAGACCAUUGCGAUUGGUCAAUACAAAAAAUACCAUCAAUGAGACGUUCAGGCAAAAAGAAAACGGCAACUGCAUUCAUUUAGAGCUGUUGGAGAGAAUGGAAAAAGUCGUAUGUAAUACGCAUGGCAGCGUGUGUAUGUUAAAAACGGGCGUAAAAGACGGACCGAGUAAAGACAAGAGCUUUUACGUCUGCGUUGCAAAGCAGGGCUGCGAGUUCACUCGACAGGCCAGUAUCUCACCGUCACGCUGCCUGCAUCAUGAGGAGUCGGUGGUGGAACUUCAGGCUCUCAGCUACAGUGAGCAGCAGCAGAGCCACAGACUCUACUUCAGGUGUACUGUUGGGAAAAGAGACGGGCAGAAAUGGUGUGGAAACGUGCCGUGGACUGCAGUGGAAAAAGAAAAGAGAGCUCCUCUAUCUGAUGCACAGCUGCAGCAGUCCUCCUCCCUUCCCUCUGUCCGAAACCCUUUCAAGGCCCCUAGCAAGAUGGAGAAAGACUCAGAGUGGAGAAAAAUGCAGACCAAUGGUCAAAAAGGGAAAGAGAAGGAGAAGAAAAACAGUGAAGUGUGCCCUAACGCCGACAGAAGAGAAAGUUGCCAGAAGGAAAAUGUGGAAGCUGUAGGUGCAAAAGUAGAAAAAGAAGAGGAAAAAAAGUCUAACAUGCCUGAUGUAUAUCAAAGGAAACUUCUUCCACCUGGGAUGAAGAUCAAGAAGAAGAUUUCAAGUGAGGAGAGCAGCAAGGACAGAGCUGGCACUGAUAAUGUAAUGACUGCAAAGACCCAAGAGGAGGCUAAGGAACAUUCUGCUGAGCAGGAAGGAGCAGAAAAAAAAACUUCUGCACCAAGCCUCGUGGUACAUCACAUCAAGAGUCAAACCUCUCCUGGUUUUGAAAACGUGUCACAAAAACCAGCGAGUCAAGGUGAACCCUCGGUUCAAGACAGCGCAACCAAAUCUGCCCCCUACGGCAGCCAGCAGGCUUCCAGAGAGUCAGAAGCCCUCCCUAGUGAUGAGGAUGAUGAUGAUGAUGUCGUGCUGGUGUCAGUGAAACCCCCGGCUCAGAAAACGCCCCCCCUCUCUGCUGUUCAGAAGACCCUAACCUGCUUCCCUGGGUUCCAGUCAGCUGCUAAGGUGGACAGCACCAGCGGGAUGCACAGCCUGCUGAGCACACAGCUCAAACAGAAAAAGGCAACUCUGUCCGUGGUGAAUGUGGAAGCUCUGCCAGAUAAAGGAGAGAGGUUGAGGACCCAGGUGAAAGAGUUAGAGGAUGCUCUGGAGUCUCUGAGCCUAGCUGCUGCUUCUCAGCCUGAGUCCAGCAUCAGCCAGUCUGCUACUAGGACCACCAGCAUCAGUCCAUCCUGCCAGCAGGGUGGUACCAUCCUGCUCUCCUCUCCCCCGGUCUCAGACCCGGUUCAGCACCAAGCCUCAGGCCUCCACCUGAGUCAGGGAUAUGCCCAGAUGUUUGGAGAUGCACAGAUGCACGCCUUUUAUGGUGGCAAGAUGACCCAUGAUCGUCUGCUGGCAGUGAAGAAUGCUACCUGUGAGGCCAUCGAUCAUCUCCACAAGUCCUUGGAGUCUUGUCCUGAGGCUGAGGCUGAGGUGCCUGACCCCAGUGGCAUCAAGGUGACACUUAUGGCUCAUCAGAGAAGAGCAUUGGCUUGGCUGCUCUGGAGGGAAAAGCAGAAUCCCUGUGGAGGAAUUCUGGCGGACGACAUGGGUCUGGGGAAAACUCUGACCAUGAUCGCUCUCAUACUGGCCAAGAAAAUAAAAGCAAAAGAGGAGGAUCAAAGGAAGGAAGAGAAGAAGCUGCAGACUUGGCUGUCUAAAACUGACUCCAGCAUUGUUGCCUCUAAGGGAACUCUGAUCAUCUGUCCUGCUUCUCUGAUUCACCACUGGAAGAUGGAGAUUGACAGACAUGUGAAGGGAGGCAAGCUAAGUGUGUAUCUGUACCACGGCCCCAACCGCGAGAGGAGUGCCCGAGUGCUAGCAGACUAUGAUGUGGUGGUGACCACUUAUAGUUUGGUUUCCAAGGAGAUUCCUGUCAAGAAGGAGGAGGCGCAAAAUCCCACCAAAGACCCUGAACAAGUGCCAUCACACUCAGCAGCUCUACUGCGUGUGGCCUGGGCUCGUGUGAUUCUAGACGAAGCACACAACAUCAAAAAUCCAAAAGUUCAGACCUCCAUGGCCGUCUGUCAGCUGAGGGCUAAUGCACGCUGGGCCAUGACCGGUACUCCCAUCCAGAACAACCUGCUGGACAUGUACUCGCUGCUCAAGUUCUUGCGUUGUUCUCCGUUUGACGAGUACAAACUGUGGAAAGCUCAGGUGGACAACGGCUCCUCGAGAGGCAGAGAGAGACUCAAUAUCCUGACCAGGACUCUGCUGCUGCGACGCACCAAAGACCAACUAGACUCUCGGGGAAAGCCACUGGUGCUUCUACCCAAUCGGAGCUGUGAGGUGCAUCAGCUCACGCUGUCAAAGGAGGAGCAGGCUGUGUAUGAUGUGGUGUUUGCCCAGUCCAGAUCGACUUUGCAGAACUACCUGAAGAGACACGAAGGGAAAGAUUUGAACUCAGGAAACUCCUUCAGUUCAAAUCCUUUUGAUAAAGUGGCACAGGAGUUUGGUAUGUCCCAGCCUGUCUCUGGUGUGCCUGGACAGGCGUCCAGCACUGUCCACAUCCUGUCCUUGUUGUUGCGUCUCCGACAGUGUUGCUGCCACCUCUCACUUCUGAAGAAGACGCUGGACACGUUGGAGCUGCAGGGCGAUGGGAUCGUCUUGUCUCUGGAGGAGCAGCUCAAUGCCCUGUCGCUCUCCUGCAGCCCCUCCCAGUCUGACUCUGACCCCAAAACCAUGGUGGCCCUCAACGGCUCCCGCUUCCCCUCACAGCUGUUUGAGGAGAACAGCCAAAGCACCAAGAUUUCUGCUAUAAUCUCAGAGCUGAUGGCCAUCAGAGACACGGGUGACAACCAGAAAAGUGUGAUCGUUUCACAGUGGACCAGCAUGCUCAAGAUUGUGGCAGUUCACCUGCAGAAGAUGGGCUUGAGAUACGCAGUCAUUGACGGAACUGUCAACCCCAAACGCCGCAUGGACAUGGUGGAGGAUUUCAACACCAACCGCAAAGGGCCACAGGUGAUGCUGCUUUCUCUGUGUGCUGGAGGGGUUGGGCUCAAUCUCACUGGUGGCAAUCACCUGUUUCUCAUCGACAUGCACUGGAAUCCAGCUUUAGAGGAUCAGGCCUGUGAUCGAAUCUAUAGAGUUGGACAAAGGAAAGACGUCACCAUACACAGGUUUGUGUGCGAGGGUACGGUAGAGGAGAAAAUUGCCACUCUGCAUAAGAAGAAGAAGGACCUGGCCCAGAACGUUCUCUCAGGAACCGGAAGCACCAUCACCAAACUCACGCUGGCUGAUCUCAAAAUCAUUUUUGGUGUUUGACAGACAAGGGGACUGAAUUUGAUGCCAAGCUCUGAAAAUGUUGAAAUAUAUAUAUAAAGGAAAUUGGUUUUAUAUUAGUUAACAGAAAUGUAUUUUUCCUAAGUCAGUGGCUUUUGAUGACCACCAGUUUGCUUCACUCUACAUGCAGCCACUGCUGCAUAGCUGAGUAAUUUUAAUGGGCAAUCUUUGCAACAUCUAUAAACCUUCUUUUUUCAACGGUUUGUUGAGGAAAUAUGUUUUCAUUGUUUUAUCUGUAUGAUUUUGUUUGUGAUAGGAAAACGUCUAUUCUGUCUCAUUUAAUUUUCAGAAAUCGACACAUUGUGCAGGGUCUGUAUGUUGCUUUAAUCAUACUGUCCUGUGUUUGGCCUUGAACUGUUCUAGGUUGUCAGCUCUUAACUACUUUUCUGUGGUGUGAAUUUAUAAUUGAAAUAAGCAUAAUAAAUUAUGUUCCACUACAA